ACGACCACGGGCGUCAAUACGACGCCAGCCGAGAAGGCAGACAUGGGGGUCACCCAGCCGAUAUACAACAACGUCAGCAUUUCGGCUACAGCGGGACAGGCGGCUACCACCGCCAUCGAUACGAGCCCGCUUCGCCCCACGAUGGUUACGAACGCGAUGUACGAGGUCGAGCGCCGCACUACCGUGGUCGGCCUCCUCGCGGCGUAGUACAUCCGAGAGGAGGAGGUUGGAGCAGCUGGUCAGAUGCACCGGCUCACCGUCGAGACGGCGAUGCCCCGUUGACGGCCGGGGAGAGCCUACUACAUUUCAAGCGCACCGUGCGUCGUAUGAACAGCGAUUACGACCGGUCGGUGCUCUCCGAGAGCUGCGCGUACAGUGUGUCCGAGACCGGCGAUGCGAGGAGUCAGUACGCCGAAGACAACGACAACUACGUGACCCAUUAUCGCAGCGACGGUGCGGGAAGUACCGUGUCCACGGCGUCGCGCGAAGGUUCCGUCGACCGCACAGAAGCAGUCAAGCGUGGCGGUGCAUCGCCGAGGGACGUUGGCUUCCGGCAGCGUGCACGUCCGGUCGUCGCCGGCGGCGUCUCGUCAUCGACCAGCAUGAUCAGCGUUUUCUGGGACAUCGAGAACUGCGCCGUUCCCAACGGAGUCCCGGCGUACGAAAUCGUGCGCAAGGUGCGCCAGAGGUUUUACGAGGGAUACCGCGAGGCGGACUUCGUCGUCGCCUGCGACACCGCACGCAUGAGUCCCGCAGUGAUCGCCGAACUGAACGAGGCGCAGGUGACAGUCAUUCACGUGCCAGGAGGCCAGAAAAACGCGGCCGACGAGAAGCUUCGCACGGUGCUGCGCCGCUUCUCCGAUGCGCACAAGCUGACGCGGUCGCGCAUCGUGCUCAUAUCGGGUGACGUGGACUUCGUGACCGAAAUACACGAGAUGCGGUACACCGACCUCAUCUACGUUGUGCUUAUCCACAACGAACAGGCCAAGAGAGCGCUGAGGGACGCGGCGAACGAAAGCAUCAGCUACAGGGCGUUCCUGGCUGACCUCAGCAAUAGCAAGAGCAGUGCACCGAAGGUAGUCAGAAGAUUGCAGUUCGACACCAAAAAUGAAGGGAAAGACAAGGGAGCCAAACAAGACCUGAAGAAGAGUGUUCCAGCAGUCGGCGACCGCGUUCAGGAAACGCAAACGAGCGACAAAUUGACGAAUACAGAGCAGAAAGCGGCAGAACAAACCGUGCCGCCUUCCUACCGCACCAAAGUCGGACUGCUCGUUCCCAGAGAGCCGAUGAACGCUGAAUUCUGGAGGCUGUACUUGUCGCGCCUGAACAUACCGCAGGACUUUACGCUCGAGGUAGGCCGCGGCGGCAAAGACGUGGUUUGCCUAGUUUAUCCAAGCGUCAGCAAGGCAAGAAAAGCUGUCGAAGUCCUAAACGAUCCGCCUGUAGAUGAUGCGGACGUCCCAGCAUGCCUAGGAAUUAUUUCGAAAGAAGUGGCUGAACACGUUGAAACAGCUACGGCAGAAGAGCCGAGUCGUGCAGCCAAGGUUAAAUCUGCAGUAGCGGCUCACAAAGCGAAACUCGAAGUUGUCAGGAAACAGAUGCGUUGCCUUGACGGAGACGAGAAAACGGUUGUAAUGUUAAAGGCGGCGUACGAAGAUCAGGCCACCAUUUACGAGGCUCAGUUGACGCAGUUCUUGAAGACCAUUUCUGAUUUGCCGCAGUCGCCACAAAAAGCUGACAAUGCCACAACCACCGAAAUCGCUAGGCUGAAAAGAGCUUCGAUUGUUUACGGUGUCAAGUCAAGAAUUCUCGAGGCCUUGUCAGGGCGCCAAGUAGUGUUCGUGACAUCGUCACCGGGAUCCAGAACAGCGUUAGAAGUGGCGUCGUAUGCGCAAGAUUUGGACCUGCGCGUCAUCAGCGUACAAUCCAGCGAUCUGGCAGCCGAGCAGUGCUCGAAGAACGCGGGGUCCGUGAGUGGUCUGGGACCCGUGCAGUGCUGGCUGAACCCCAAGCAACCGAUCAUCUCUGAAAGCAGAGUUGUUGUGACGAGUGUGCGGCACUUCUUUCAGGAGUUUAUGCGCCACGAAAUAGACCUUUCCGGCUUCAAGGUCGUCAUCGUAGAUGAGCUGGAAGAAGACAGCGCUUACCAACGGGUUGUGCUGGCAAUAAUCCGAAAGCAUUUCGUGUCCCGGAUCGGCGUAGUCUUGUGCGGCUAUGAAUCCGAUGCCUGCGCACAAAUCCAAAAAGCGUUUUCUAUAAAAAGCCAGGAUGUGGUUCGCGGCGCCCUCACGUUUCCGGUAGAAGUAAUCAAGAAGGAAAAGCCCACAAACAGAGUCAUGGCAUGCGUCUCCACCGCUCUAGAAUUCUGCCAGACGGCCGAAGAGUCCGUCGGUGGCGACGUUCUCGUGUUUCUUCCAUCUCUGACAGACGCUUUCCUGGCGGAUGGCCUUCUACGUCACAAAAUUAGGGAGGAAAACAUUGACGUGCCAAUCACGCAUGAUGUUUUGUCAACCUGUGUGCCAUCUUCCCCUCAAAAGACGGAGUCACCGCGCAAAGGGUGCUGGAGGGUGAUCUUCACCGUGGAAUGUCCCGACGCAGUCGUGAGUACGCUGCGGGUACGUUGCGUCAUUGACAGCGGUCUAACGCUGAGGACCAUUUACCAGAGUGGAAUUUUCGUAAUGCAACUCGCUUGCGUAACAAAAGCCGAGGCUGAGAAAAGGAGCACAUUGGCAGGAAUACACGAGAGCGGUACAUGCUACCGCCUGUAUGACAAACCUGCACAAAGCUAUUCGCUACAAGCCGACCUAAACAACUCGAAGUACUUGGAAGACAUCGUUCUUCGUCUUUAUACUCAGCAGGCAAGCUCUGACACAUCCCUUCUCGAUGAGCUCCUCUCGAAGUCGCUGCUGGAAGAAGUAAAGAUUGCAUUGCAACAAAUAGGGGCGUUGGACAGUGAAGGACGAACGACUGAUAUGGGUACUAAGCUGUGUCACACUAGCCUUCAGCCUCGGGUUGGUAUGCUUGUGCUGCGCUCCAUGGGCAAGGCUCCAUCCUUGGACACGGUCCUUCUAUCACUCCUGGUCCUCGAAGACCUGCUUGUUGCUUACAGGCCGCUCAAACAAGACGGAAGUCAGCAUGAUUUCCCGGUGUCUGAGGAAGCCAGCGUCUUCUCUGGAGUGAUUCAGCUGUACAAGCACUGGCUUGUUGUACCCAAGAAGAUGAAGAGCUCCUGGUGCGAUGUGAAUGGCAUUAAUGAAGCCUUCAUGACCUACCUUCACAAUGCUGUUCGAAGGGUGCAGCAGGAAUUCACCGAGUUCAAAGGCAGAAAUCUGGGUGCCGAUUCCGCAAAAGAAGAGCAAACCGCUACAAUCACGUUAGGUGAACUGCUUGCACAGUCGUUUCCCCAGGGUAUGCUCCACGCGUGCGAGCGCGGUUACAAACAUCCUGUUUUGGGCGAUCGAUUGCAGGUGUCGCCAUUGUCGCUAUUUGAUACCGAGGUGACAAAGCCGCAGAACGUAGUCUGCUGUCUAUAUGCUCAGGUUUGGGGCGAGACGAAUGUGAAACUACUCAACUUUGCUGCCUUGCCUGAUUCAUUUCAUAAGCGUGAAGCGGACUCUCAAGCUACUCUUGAUGACAUGACGAAUCAGGAACUUGUGGAGCGGUUCGGCCCCGUGGGAAAACUGAUCUGGAACCAUCAGUUCAACUCAAAACGCGCACUUCAGGCCGUCGAGGAGAAGCUGCGCGCUAGGUCAGAUGGUGCGAGGGGUUACCUCGAACUGGACGCAGCCGGACAGUGUGUCGUGAUGAGAGGGCAUGAGAAAUACUGCGUCGAAGCACGAGAGUGCCUUCGAAACAUUGUGAAGGAGCAGUUAACGAAACUGUCUCGAAAGGACAAGGAGGCAUUUCUCACACCUCGAAAAUCGCCCUACAACGACCGUCCUGUGCUCGCCGUUAUCGGCGUCGGAGGUCACGUAAAUGAAGUGCUGUCGCCGGCGGCCUUUCGGACUGUAGUAGCAUAUGACAUUACGAUACCUCAUGCAAAUUUUCGCAAGAGGGUUAACGAACUAGGAGAAAUAGUCCAAUACUGGUACCUGAACCAGGAAGCUUCCUUCGAGAUCACGUACAAAACGGCGCAACAAGCGAACGACGCCUACCGCGCCCUUUCGGAACAGGGCGGCGACCUUAAGGUAACCGUUAAAGGAGAGUCUCUUGAGUAUAGGGAAGAGCAAAGGGAGCGGAGACCGGCGUUCCACGCCCAAAUCACUCUGCCGCGCCGUCUAUGCACAGGUACGGCGUUCGUCCAGCUACCGGACAAGGCAUCAUUCAACCGUGUGGCAGCGCGGCUCCCUCUGGCAGUCCGCUUAGACAACGCCACAGUUACCAUACAGCGUGACAAGAAGGUACCUUACCAAUUAUACAUCACGGGCUUGCCUUCGACGGCGAGCCAGUCGACGUUGACGGGUCUCAUCCGUGCGUCACUCUCAGUGGACGUCAAGAGUGUCGGCCUCGUCCGCGAAGCUGCGCACAAGACGACUCCCGAGAAGCUGCGAGCAUUAGGAGACGCCGUACAGAAACUGUUUGACGAAGAGCUCGGCGAACGCUGUCCAAAACUUGUCCUCAACGCUCCGAGGCUCGAAGACUACGUGGAAAAGGGCUGGAUGUCGUUCGAGGAUCCUGUCGUUGCUCAGGGCACAUGCGCGCUGCUCAAGGGCUCGCCCGUUACUGUCAGUCAGAGCGGCGGUGACGGGGGUGCAACGUUGCCCAUGGCAGUACAUAUCCUCAUGGAAGAAAAGCUGUACUUUCCGUGCUCCUUCUUCAAAGCAAUCCAGGGCCGCAUCGAAGACGAGUUCCGUCGUCAAGAAGGACUGCGACCCGAGGAUAACUUCAAGUGCGACGCUACGCCGUGCGGUGAUGUGGUCCGGGUCAAACUGAAGGCCAACAACCUGAACGACUUCCACAGGGCUGUGCACCUAUUCAAUGAACUACUUCUGGGCCCCGACGUCCCGCGCGUCGAUGGUCGCGUGCGCCCUGAGCGAAUUACGGAAGUGAUUAGGGCCGCGUCUCCUGGAGGUGGCAUCUUCGUGUACCGCAAGUCCGGCGAAGCUCGGUUGGUCGGCGAGGUACAGCUCGUCCAGGCAGCAAGCGAGAUGUUAAAGAGGCACACCGAUGCAUGGGAGAAGCGCCAGAAGAAAAAGCUACCACUAGUGGACGCAGAGUUUACUCUGCUGAGGUCGUACAUAAACACGCUGGGUGACGACCCUUGGUAUCUGGCCAAGGAAUGCAAGCUGGACGCCGCUACAUUCGAUGGGCAAUUCCAAGCAAUCGAGGUUCUCGGAACGGAGGCGGCCGUCAGAGAGGCCGAGCAACUUGUAAAUCAGCUGCGGAAGACUCGACUGGACGCGAGGUCGACGGCCGAUGCCGGAGAACGCUGUCCGAUCUGCCGAGAACCACCAAGCAUUGCUCAAAAUGACGGGGUAUCCACGCUUGGGCACCGUCUCGAGCUGUGUGGCCAUUGGUACUGUGGGUCGUGCCUGCUGCUAGCCCUAAAGAGAGCUCCCCUGCCGUUGACGUGUUUUGAGAAGGGCUGCGCCUCACCGUGGGCGAUAGCCGACAUCACCCAUGUGGCAGGCAACGACCAGGAACUGCUGAGCGACCUUGCACGAAGGUCGUUUGAGUACAGCGUCGCAGCUGACUCGGAGGGAAGGUGGCUGCCCUGUCCGACACCCGAAUGCCACUUUGCGCUGGAUUCCAAAGGGGACGCCGAGGUACAGGGCGUACACGUCAUGGGUGAUGUGCACGUCUGCCCCGGAUGCACAAACGCCGUCUGCUUCCAGUGCCGUUCACUGUACCACUACGGAAUCUCGUGCACCACAUUCCAAGACUCCAUGACCCCGAAUGGUGCAAACGACAAGUCGUGGCUCAGCAAAGAUCCGGGAAUGCGAGCCCUGUGCCCAUCUUGCAAGGUGCGCCUCGAACGGAACGCCAACAAGAAGGUGGGCGCCUGUUGGUCCUGCCGGCGCCUGUUUUGCUGGCGCUGUCACCGCAGCUUCGAGGACGAUGCCGCUACUGCAAGGAAUCACCGCAAACAGUAUUGUCAGCUGGCUCUCCCGCUCGGUAGCGACACGUGCUGCAUCAUGUGACAUCUCCGUGCCUACUCUGGCCGGGGCUGAUAUCCCUACGUGGUUCAUGGCUUGUUCAGCCCUGUACUUUUAUAUAUUUUAUGGCAGUUGGCCUAAUCGCGGUAUAAGUAGUAACGGCUUUGGUCUCGUACCGGUGACAACUGUGCCGAGAGUAUGACAUUGUGCUUAUGCUCAGAUGCGUAUUUACACCAGAUUCAAGAUUGUCUUUAAUUACAUUGAGGUUGCAUGAAUCGUUGUCGCUUGAUGAAAGGUGUGAUCAAGGUCCCACAACCUUUUUGCGAGAAACGGUUGACCCCAGUUAUCUAUUGUUGAGGAGUGUUAUGGGUUUGAUAUAAAAACCACUCGCGUCAGCAUCACAAUGUUUGAUGGAAUGAAGUCGCACGUUACUUGGCAGUUCUGCCAAAGGAGUACAUUGUUAUAAAUGUACAUGCAUGGAACUUUUAAAUGACAAGGUUGUUCGUUUUUCGGUUUUCUUGCUUUUUUUACAGAUAAAUAUUCGCUAUUAGGGGUCGGCUUGUGCAGCAAACAUACGCCACCAUUUGUCAAUAAUGACUAAUCGAAAGAAUGCGAGGCACCUAUUGCAGUGGUAAAUAUCGAUGGCGAUAUAGCUACGCCUACAGUUUUGCUUUAAAUUUCCAAAUAUUUGCACAAACACCGAAUUGCAUGGUCAUGUCAGUGUGUUAUCUGUAUUUAAGAUUAGGAAACUGAUUCGGUUUGCAUUUAAUGCCAGCUAUCCACAGGCUAUGAGAAUUCCCUUCAUCGACCCACACAACUCAAAGGUGACUGGCACAUAUUUAUUAGUUUAGCUAUCGGUUACUUGCGCAUAAUCCGCUGCAGACAUCGGAGAAGUUGUGC